AUGUUUGAGGUACUUGGGAAAUGCCUGGACUACCGGGGGUACCUGGACUACUGGGGGUACUCUGGGGGGUACUACCCUACUGGGGGUACUUGGACUGGGGGUACCUACUGGGGGUACUUGGACUACUGGGGAUACUACUGGGGGGGACUACUGGGGGUACCUGGACUACUGGGGUACUGGGACUACUGGGGGUACCUACUACUGGGGGGGACUACCUCUGGACUACUGGGGACCUGGACUACUGGGGGGUACUCUGGGGGACUACUACUGGGGGUACUUGGACUACUGGGGGGUACCUGGACUACUGGGGGUACCUGGACUACAGGAUGGGUUAUGUGGGGUCAUGUGUCAGGUCUGAUUGAGGUCUCAGAGUUACAUGACGUGUCAGGGCUACCCCUGGGUACAGCCCCUACUGACCCCUAUGGCACAGCCCCUACUGAUCCCUUAGGUGGUACAGCCCCUACUGACCCCUUAAGUGGCACAGCCCCUACUGAUCCCUUAAGUGGCACAGCCCCUACUGAUCCCUUAAGUGGUACAGCCCCUACUGACCCCUUAAGUGGCACAGCCCCUACUGAUCCCUUAAGUGGCACAGCCCCUACUGAUCCCUUAAGUGACAGAGACCCUCUGAGGCAGCCCAGACAGAGACACUCACCCAGACAGCCACAGACGAGACACUUUAGACAACCACAGACAGAGACCUCUGGGCAGCCACAAGGACGACACACUCACAAGACAGCCACAGACAGAGACACUCUACAGACAACCACAAGACAGGAACAGACACUCACAGACAACCAGAAUAGACACAUCAGUCGGGGACGACAUACAGACAACCAGGACAGCACAGACAGUCAAAACAGCACACCAAACAGCCAGAGACAAGCUGAACCAGAGCCAAUGACGACACACAGGCAGCCAGGACGCCCACAGGUAUGGGACGACACAGGUGUGAGGACUGACACGGGCAAUAAGAUGACACGGCAGCCAAGGACGACACAGGUAGCCAAGGACGACACAGGUAGCCAAGGACGACACGGGCAGCCAAGGACGACACAGGUAGCCAAGGACGACACAGGCAGCCAAGGACGACACAGGUAG